AUUGCUGGAAGAAGAACGUAAACAAUAUGAGGAAGAACGUAGAGUACUAGAGGAAAAACGCAGACUUAUAAGAGAAGAACGAAAACUAUUCGAAGAUGGGCGCAAACAACAAGUUCCUAAACAAAUAUUCAGAAAAAAAGAAUGCAUAAUAUGCACUGAGAAUGUCGACUUUGAAGCUUUUUUGAAUAUUACUGACCAGUGUAGUCAUAAUAUACAUAAUAUAUGUCGUGAAUGUGUAGGCGAAUACAUCAAGCACGAACUUGAAGAUAAUGGAAAUGUUAAAAUCAAAUGUCCGGAAGUUGGAUGUAACGAAAUAUUAAAUCAGAAUGAUAUAAAAAAAUUCGCAAGUGAGGAGUCAUUCAAUCGAUAUGAAAGAUUCUUGCUAAAUAUUGCAUUAUCUCAAAUUUCUACUUUCCAAUGGUGCUUAAAUCCAAGUUGCGGAUCAGGACAGGAUCACUAUCAAGAAGAUGUUCCGAUAAUGGUCUGUAAUUCGUGUGGGAAGAGAUCUUGUGUUGUACAUGGACUCCCAAUUAACUUUGAGUGCGAAAAAUGUAGAGAAGAAGAACAUAAAAUAAUAGAGGAAGGACUUGAAAUAAUAGAAGAAGGACAACGCAUAUUAAUAGAUGAGGAAAUAGAAGAGGAAACACGCAGACUAAGAGAAGAGGAAGAACGUAGGCAAAGAGAAGAAGAAGAAGAACUUAAAAUAAUAGAAGAAGAACAACGCAUAUUAAUAGAAGAGGAAAUAGAAGAGGAAACGCGUAGACUAAGAGAAGAGGAAGAACGUUGGCAAAGGGAAGAAGAGGAACUUAGAAUAAUAGAAGAAGAACAACGCAUGUUAAUAAAAGAAGAAAUAGAAGAAGUAGAACGCAGAUUAAGAGAAGAGGAAGAACGUAGGCAAAGAGAAGAAGAAGAACGUAGGCAAAGAGAAGAAGAAGAACGUAGGCAAAGAGAAGAAGAAGAACGUAGGCAAAGGGAAGAAGAAGAACGUAGGCAAAGGGAAGAAGAAGAGCGUAGGCAAAGGGAAGAAGAAGAACGUAGGCAAAGGGAAGAAGAAGAACGUAGGCAAAGGGAAGAAGAGCGUAGGCAAAGGGAAGAAGAAGAGCGUAGGCAAAGGGAAGAAGAAGAACGCAGACGAAGGGAGGAGGAAGAACUUAGGCGACAAGAAGAAGAUCGCAGGCGAAGGGAGGAGGAAGAGCGUAGGCGACAAGAAGAGCAAAGAAGAUUAGCAACAUUUCAAAAUGCUGAAAAUGAAUCCGAAUUCUACGUAAAUCAACUAAAGCAAUGCCCAAGGUGUAGGUGUAGAAUUGAGAAAAAUGGUGGAUGCAAUCACAUGACAUGUAGAAGACCCGGAUGUGGUCAUGAAUUUUGUUGGAUGUAA